AUGAGAAGCUGCCGGCGCUUGUUUUUGAGGUGCUUACGCCUUGGGCACCGACGUAAGUGUAGGUUUCUGGGCCGGUUUCUGGAUUACCUUCGUUAUGGGCGUCUUUGUGUUGUCUCCCUUGCCUACAACUCCUUCACCAACAGUGACGUUAUCAUUGAUUCUCUUUUUGAGCCCAUUUAUUGGUUGGUGGAUCAUGUGACAAGAUGGUUUGGCAUAGUAAGUCCUAAAAAAAGUUUCUCAAAUGUAUCAUUUCAUAUUUUAUAAGUAAACAUUUCCCCUUUCAUUCAUGGUAUUUGGAUACAUAUUGCAAAUAUUAUUUUAGAUUUUAUAUAUGUCGGGUGUGACCACCCUUUAAAACGGCAUCAAUUCUUGUAGGUACACUUGCACAUUGCUUUGUAAGGCACUCGGCAGGUAGAUUGUUCCAAACUAGUCUAGAUUGCAAAAUGUCUUUUGGUACGGUUUGUAUGAACCAAAUUCUUUUUACUCUAUACUCAAAUAAAUUGAUCUGUGCAGCAUUUAUCUGUGGAUUCUUGUCCAGUGAAUAAGAAUCGAUCAGUUUGAUUAGGUGUGGAUUAAAAAGAUAUGUACAAGAAAUAGGGGAAAACGCAGUCUGAACCUAAGAAGAAAUUAACUCAUAGUGUAAAAAUUGCAUGCAGCAUGUAUAUAGACAUGCUAUUAGAAGCACUCACAGAGUGAAGGUAGUCAAAGCGUCUUAAGGGUGCCACCCCUGAUCCUUUAGGGGGGUAAAGUAUGGAUCCACCAAACUCAGGAACCAGAAAGGAGCAGGAAUCGUGGUAUAAAAAAUAUAAACGUAUUUAUUUAUAAAAGAGCUGCUGGUCCUACGCGUUUCGUUCUAUAAAAAUUAGAACUUCCUCAGGGACCAUAAUCAAUUUAAAAGGUAAAUUAUACAAACAAAUAUGCAGUACAAAAAAUUCCCGCUAUACCUCCCACCCUCCCACAGUCCCAAUAUAUAUGACUCCCUAGUCCAUCAUUGGUGGUGUGGUGGGUGUGUUCCCGCUCCGUUCCUGAUUCAUAAUCAUCAUCUCAGCAACAGCUGUGCGUCGUGUUCUUUCCCGCUCAGCUGUUCUUCCUUCAACAUCACCGGAAGUGACGUGUGCAUUGCACGAGAUCUUAGGCACACUUCGUUAUUGAUUCAUGAAAGUCCUCAUUACAAGAAAAAUCAUUAUCAAAAUGACACUAUGGGGAGAGAACAGGGGAAGUUCCAACUAUCUUUGGAACACAUGAAAAGAUCUCGUGCAACGCACACGUCUCUUCCGGUGACGUCGAAGGAAAAACAGCUGAGCGGGAAAGAACACAACGCACAGCUGACGCCCGAGAAGAUUAUUUUGAAUCUGGAAAGGAGCAGGAACACACUGAACACACCAUUAAUGAUGGACUAGGGGAGUCAUAUAUAUUGGGACUGUUGGAGGAUGGGAGGUAUAGUGAGAAUUUUUUGUACUGCAUAUUUGUUUGUAUAAUUUCCCUUUUAAAUUGAUUUAUGGUCCCUGAGGAAGUUCUAAUUUUAUAGAAUCAAACGCAUAGGACCAGUGGCUCUUUUAUAAAUAAAUACGUUUAUAUUUUUUAUACCACGAUUCCUGUUCCUUUCUGGUUCCUGAGUUCAGUGGAUCCAUACUUUACCCCCCUAAAGGAUUAGGGAUGGCACCCUGAAGGCUCUUUGACUACCUUCACUCUGUGAGUGCUUCUAAUAGCGUGUCUAUAUACAUGCUGUAUGCAAUUUUACACUAUGAGUUGUUAAUUUCUUUUUAGGUUCAGACAGCGUUUUCCCCUAUUUCUUGUGCAUAUAUUUGUUCAUCCAGGCAUCCACGUGGGAAGGUUGCCAAGGGAAGCUGUCAUUUAAGUUACAUUAUUAUUAUUUGUAAACACAUAUCACUUGUAUUUUGUGUUUUUGGUACCACAUGGAUUAAAGGGAAUUUGAUUUGGAUGAACCUCAAACUAUUUGUUGUACAAGUCUAUGUCUUUGGUAAAACCAUACAAGGUAGGCUCAGACCUGCUCGUGGCUUGACAUAUUGUUGUUGUUUCAGAUGUUACAAAUCCAUAUUAUCAAAAUCAAUUCAUUCUGUCCAUAGCUGGAGGCCAUUCUCUGGCUGAACGCUGACAUAUUUAGUCAAUUAAUGAUUUCUAAAUUUGAACUAAAUUGAUUUUGUUAAUGGUGAAGUGUAACUUCCAGAAUAGAAAUAUGCUGGGCGAGGGGCAGGGUUGAGGAUCCUUGAUUUGUGGCAAAUCAUUUAAACAGUUUGACACAGAACUGAAGUGAGAUGCUAGAGACAUUCAGACAGGAUAACCACUAUGGUUAUGCACAUAGAGAACUCCUUUAUUUCUUGUCCAUUAAUCGUGAGUGCCUCUUCCCCCUUCCCCUUUCUUUUUUCUUCACGAAUUCAGAAUAACUGAAAGUACAAUUUCUUCAAAAUUUAAUGUGUAUUGUGAGCAAGACAAAUGCCACAGGACAAAUGUAUAUUUUGACAGUUGACUAGUGAGCUCACAUGUAGAAGAAAAGCUAAGAGUUUAUUGUCUGUAUUUUCUUUCUACCCUGCCAUUUCCAGGUGUUUGUGGCCCUGGUCAUUAUACUGACGAGCUCCAUCGUGUUGAUAGUUUAUAUCUGCGUGCUGCCUCUCAUUCUGCAGACCUACUCUACAAGCUGGAUAUGUUGGCACGUCUGCUACGGACAUUGGAAUCUCAUUAUGAUAGUCUUUCACUAUUACAAAGCAAUUACAACCUCGCCUGGAUACCCACCACAGGUAUAUAUUGUAACCAAGAACAUUUUGCAUUUUUAUUGACUGGCAUUUCGCCUGCUUUGGGAGUGCUCAAACCUCCACCCUUUAAAUUUGUUUGGAAAGAUUAGAAAUCUCUGAUUGACAGGAACAUAGUAAUGACAGACUGGGAUCUGUUUUAAAAAUCUGCAUAAAUAUUCCUAUUAAAGAUUGCUCCUGUAAAUCGUGGUGAUCUGAGGUCUAAGAUGAGAGUGGAAGACAUAUGUGGAAUGCAUUCCAGCACUAUAAAUGCUUGUAUUCCUGACGCUAGAGUGUUCCAUUAGGAGAGAGGUAUAGAGGAGGAGAGCUUAUGGAGUAAAGACAGAUCUUUAAAAAAAAGCACAACCGACUAACCUAUUCUACACAUUGCUGAACACAUUUACAGAAAUAGAACUUGAAAAUGUGACACAUUAGUAGCCCAAAUAAAACCCAAUAUAUAGUUGGAAUUAGACUCAUUUAGGGACAUUGCUGUUAAACCCCUGCCACUCCAUUCUGUAUUAUGUUUUGAAUAGAACAUUUUAACAUGAAUAUACCGCUUUUUUUUUUGUUUUUGUUUUUUUUGCUUAAGAUUUUUUUAUUUGUUUUUACAUUUACUAUGGAAAAUGCAGGCACUUGCAAUAUUCCCUGUUUAAAAAUGACAUUUUGUUUUCCUUUAAUAAGAAACUAUAAUCUUGCGGCAUUAAUAAUUUCAGCACUGUGACUGGGUUUUGCAAAGAAUCAUUCUUUCUGCUGUUUAUACAUAUUGUUUUAGAGAAAUGUUCCUGAAAAGCCAUAUCAAAACCUAAACUGUUGAUUUUUGUCUUUUCCAGAAUAAGCUGGAUAUUCCAUCUGUGUCUGUGUGCAGGAAAUGUAUUGCACCAAAGCCUGCUCGGACACAUCACUGUAGCAUCUGCAGUAGGUAAGCUUACAUUCAGUGGUGAUAACAAUGAAAACAUUUAUUAAAAAGAAACAGUGAAGUCACCGAGACCACUUCAUCUCAUUGAUGGUCCUCUCAUUUUAAUCCUGGAAUUUAAAAUAUAGAAGUUUGUAGAAACUGCAAUGUUUCACACAUUCAUCUCUAGUGACUGUCUUCCUGAUAGCCACCAGAGGCAGUUCCUCUGCUAGAACCACGUAACGUUGCAGCUCAUAGGAAAGGAUUGGAUGCACGUGCGACGCCACCGCUCAUGCGAAUCAGGUCCCGAAUGCUCCCCUAUGGAGGAGCAUUGGAAUAGACUAGUAAUGGAGGAAGCGACAAUGAUAUUGCAGGAGGCGGAGAUGUCAGCAGCGCCUUUAAUUUAUCCAGCAAGUAUUUUAUUCAGUUAAUUUUGACGAGAAUAGGUGAAAAUUCCUGGUGCACAAGUUGUGGAGUAAAACACGUUUUUAAUAAGCACAAGCCAAAUGACUCUGAUAUGGAGUCAAAACAUUGUCGUUUGACUUGUUCCUAUUAAGAGGCUGCUCUAUUACACAACUUCUGUCUUAGAAGCACAGAGUGUUGAUUCUGUGUGCAAUCCCCUCCUGUUUAAUUCAUUGUCUGCCAAAGGAAUAUCUGUUACUUAUUUAUGAAGCUGCUUAUCGGGUACAUCCUAUACUGAAAGUGACACUCCAGGCACCCACACUUGGUGCAAUUAAUUAAAUUACAUCUUACAGGGUUAUUAACUAAAGUGAUAAUUCAAAUUUAAUGUCACAUAUAAGUUCAAAGUACCCGAACUGGGAGAAUUCUCAGAGCCAUCCAUGACCGUUCAGCUACUUAAAUCUGAAACCCACUUUGAAUUCUCAACUUCGUACAUAAACACUUCAGAAACCCUUGCUGUACAAAUGAAUCACUUGUUCUGUUAGCUGGUCUGGAGACCACUCUAUGCAUGAUCUGCACAGCCUGGAAAUUUACAGCAAAUAAAUGUGGCUACCUCCCUUUUAUUUUAUUUAUUUUUUUUAAUAUAUGCAUGCAUGCAUAUUUUUUAUGCAUUAAAUGAAUGUGGCCACGGCAAUUUUUUUAUUUUUACUGAAAAUCAUGCAGUACUUUGACGGGUAGUUUUACAGCAGUUGAAAUGGGGGGGGAAGUAUUAUGUUGGGGUGUCCCCUUUGAAUAUUUUAUUGAUGGAAACUGUAUAGUGUUGUAAGUGAAACUGCUAUCGAAUUACUGUAAAAAGGUGAGAAAGUCAGAGAGAUCUAGUGGUGAGUUGUGAAUAAUUCAGUAUCUGAUCAGAAGUUAGUGCUGUGUGGAAAUAGGCUUAAAUAUUCUAUAUUCAAUGCCAAGCUAAUACUUUCUGAGACUGUAAAUAUUUACCUUAAUGUGUCCAUGUGAAUUAGUUGAGUCCAAUUGAUAGAUUCACUAGGCAAAAGAAAGGCGGAUGAAUUCUUGAAUCAGACUAUAGACUGCUCUGCAGUGAGGCAGGCACACCAAGGAGGAUCAUUGUAUAGAAUGCCCCUUUAUUUUCAAUCCUCAGAAGAGAUUUAACCAGGAGAGAAUAGAAGUUUAGUACUCCCUCUUUAUGCUUUCUAAAACCUCUAAGAUAGAAUUAAACUUUCUAAAAGUGUUUUGAAGAUAUAAAAUUAACUGACAGCAGGCCUGUCUGUUUUUAUACUGUUCAAAUACAUAAAGAAUAUUCACCAACUGUAUCUUCUUUCCACAGAUGCAUUCUGAAAAUGGAUCAUCACUGCCGUAUCCUUUGUAAAUGACACGCCUAAAAUGAUUAGUAAAUCUUACACUUUGAUAAUUGCAAGUCAUGAGUAAAACAUUAUAUUUCUCAGAUUCAUGUAUUUUAUUAAUUUUAAUCAUUAGUGAGCAUAACGUUUUUGCUCAUUGACUGUAUUCCUAUAAUAAUUACUACUCCAGUUGAAGGAACUAAUUGGGCAAGGAAUGGACACAAUGACUCCUAGCAUAGUAAUCACUACUUUAAGCUGUUACAGUGCUGUGCUAAGAUCGUUCUUCUGAUAUUGGGGCAUUCUGUAUCUGUUUCACUUGGGGCUGAGCAGGUGCAUUAGCGGUACAAGUUAUCCUUUAACUCCUUUUAAAGCUUGGUUGAAUAACUGUGUGGGCCACUACAACCACCGCUAUUUCUUCUCCUUCUGCCUGUUUAUGACCCUGGGGUGCAUCUACUGUAGCAUCAGUAGUCGUGUAAUGUUCCGGGAGGCCUAUACAGCCAUAGAGGUAAGAUUUCUUGUAGUACAUCACAACACUUCUGAGAAUGUUAAUUAAAUUGUUUUUAUGGCUCCUAUUUUAUGAGUAAAUUUACCAUAUGUAUUUACAACUUUGUUUGAGUGUUGUAAUCUUAAACCUAGAGAAAAAAAAAAGCUCUUUCUUUCUCUUUUCCCUUCCUUUCAAAAGGGUUAUAGGUUAUAAUAUAUCUGCUUAGGUUAUUUUACCACUAAAGUGUUCAUUAUAACCAACAGCAUGCACAUGAAUCUCAAGUAUGAUAUGUCACAAUUGCAACAUUCAAAAUAAAUCACACUUGUACAAUUUCACCUUAAAAAGAUAGCUUUAGUGUAAUGCUUUCUGAAGAAGUUUUGUUUUGUGAAUUUUUUUUGUUUAUUUGUAAAGUGGUCCAAUCGCUGGGAUAAUUAUCUUGUUUCCCAUGGUGCUUGCUUCACAUUUGGAACAUAGCAACAGUAUUUGCAAGAUUUUUAUAAAUCUACAGCUUGUAUUUCUGUCGCUCUAGGUUAAACAAUCAAGAUUCUAAAAUGGCAUAAAACCUUCUUCAAUUAAUCUAUUUAUUUUUUUAUUUUACCAAAUAUAAAGAGCUCUUAAGGUGAUUUGAUACAUGCCCGACAAAUGUCAGUAAGUGGAACUGCAAGUUCUAGAAGCAUUAACUUGGCACGUUGUAUACAUCUGUCUCAUGCUCAUCUUUUAUUGGCUGAUCUGAAUUCUAUAUUUGCAGCAAUGCCAUGCAGAUACAGAAUGUUCCAAAUGUAUACAUGAAACAUUGUAUCACAGGAAUGGGGAAAAAAUGUGUUGUUUUUUGCAGUCUUUUAAGACCAAUGUAUGAAUUGUGGUUCACAAUUCCAACACAUCACUAGGGGAAAAACCAAAGUCUUAAAUCUCCAUCAUUGCGUUGUGGUGUGUCUGGAGAAAUGGGCGAAGGACUGUGAGGUAAUUGUGGCACUAUCUUCCCUUUUACUAGAAAAUGAAACACCAAGACAAGGCCAUGCUUCAGGUUGCUGUUAAUGAGGUGGGAUAAAGACGUUUUCGGAAACCUAACGUUUGUCACCAGUAGAACUAACAUGUGAUGUAAAACAUGGCACCAAAUCCUCUGUUUGUUUGUUUGUUUUUUAUUUCUGAGCUUGGAAAACUCCUGUUGCCGAGGAGCCUUAUUCCUCUAUAAAAUCUUUUUUAAAAAUAAUAAUUUUGUUGGUACUUUUCAGAUUUUUAUUUUAAUGUAAAAGUAUUGAUGUUUACUGGCUCAUCCAAAGAUGGUAAUGGCUCCUAAUUAAUCCAUGAUUCAGGGUUUUGGUCGAUUUCGUGUCCACGCUUGAUUCAGUGUUUUGAUUAUUCACUAAAAAUAAGUAGGGGAGUAGCAGAGAGUUUGCAGCUUAUCAGUGAGCUGUGCUACUUUUAGUCUUUUUGAAUAGAAACCCAGUAUUUUACGCAAGGGCUGAGAAGUAUUGACUCUUUAUUGGGCUAUGGCCCAUGUAGACCAAGAUUACUCAGAAUGGUUUUACACUGAAUCAUGCAUCAUGCUCUUAAAACUUCUGCUUUUCAGCAGUCAUAUGCACCUUGUGUUUUAGCCUGUUGCUGAGCCAUAUGUUUGUCUGUGUUUGCUUGCUUCUGUUGUUGUUGACUGCGUAGUAAUCUCUAUCUAUAUAAUCAUUCAUUUUUAAUUAAUUUCUUUAAGGAUACUAAACUCCAGUAGCUAUUUUAUUACUACCUAUAAUUUAUAAACCCUAUAAUAAAAAAAUAAAACUUAUAAAGACCAUCCCCAACUAAGGAAGCGGUUGUGUUCUCAAAAAACUCACUUUUUGAUUCCCCAGGCUGCUAAGUAAAGCACACAAAGUGCUACAUCAAUGAAUGGGAUAUAGGGAUUUUUACUUGUUUUACAGGAGUAUGUGAUGGAGAACAAAGCAGAAAUUGUACUUGCUUUGUUUUUUGAAUCAUAAAACAUUGGUUUGUUUCUUUGAUGGACCCAUGCUAUGAUAGAUUCUAUGUAUUAAAGAACUGGGUACUGAGAGCUAGCUCAAUGUAUUAUUUGUGGUAAUCCACUUUUAUAUUAAAUAAUUGCAAAGGAAAACCACAGACACACUUUACAUAUUCACUAUGAAGACCAUUCAGAAAUAACAUUGCAGUAGAGCUACGUCCAUGUUGUUUUUUUCGUGUUUUUAUUGAAUGGUUUUGCUUAGAAUGGCAUUUGUUGCCAUACUUUGUGGUAUAAUGGCAGAGAGUCUGCUUUUAAAGUCCAUCAGUAAAUGCUGGCUUGGGGCAGGCAGCCAUCUGCACUCCUGAUGGUGUGGACUGCAUGUCCUAUAAUGGUCUUAAAGCGAUAAUGCUGGAAAAGCGUCAGGGGAGAUGUAGUCUAUGACAUCAGGAGUGGCAACUGUGGCCUACACCCUGCUGUACGGCUUAUUCACAAAACCAUGCUCAGCUGGGAAUUGACCAGAGAACUUCACAAUUUCAGCCUAAAUGUCUGAACCACAAACAUAGACGAGUUGGUUUUUUUUGUCUAAAAUUGGAAUUUCCUUGGUGAAUGCAUGGAAAAUUACAGUUUAGUGAAUAAUUCUGUUAAUCUUUAAAAAAUAAUAAAUAUAUACACACACACACAAUUUAUACAAUUUCAAUCUAUUUUAUAUAUAGCCAUAUGAAACUCGUAUCUUGUAAUACCUUUUUUAUUGGACUAACAACAUUUUUAAAUUACAAGCUUAGGUAGAUCGAGAUGACUUAUUUCCUUAGGUCAGUUAUUUAGUAAAUAUAUAACUAAACACUUCAGAUUACACUAAGCAGUAGCAUUCUCUCCAUCUCUACGUGAUAUCAGUGUUGCUUUAUUAUUCGUUUUACUGUCUGCAUACCUUUCCUACCGCUUACAUCACUAACUGUGCUUUUUUGACUUUCAAAUGAAUAUAAACCAUCCUCUAACUGAAUCUGUUAAUUUGUUAUUCUGUUGUAGUGUCUGCCCAACUGUAAUUCAUGUUAUUAAAUGUUUUUUAGUUUUCGUUGUUUUACUUUAAUCUGUUAUUUAUAAUUUUAUAUAAAAUCAAUGGGUGCAUGCCAAAAUGUUAACUUCUAAAAGCUACUAUAAUUAUUACAUUCUUUCUUGUCCAAACUAUAAAUGCCAGUUAAAUACCUAAAUAAGAUAUGCAUUAAUUGAUUUGACCUUACCUCAAAUAUUCCUUUCAAGAAAACAUUUUAUUACGGUGCUUGUAUUAAUUGCAUGGAUUAAAGUGCCACUCCAACCCAUGGCUUGACAAAUUUGCUUUGAAUCAAUGAGCUUGCUAAAAAAAGUUAGAUAGGUUUUUGUUUUUUACACUAACAGAGCUUUAGUUUCAAUUGCAGAAAUAACCGAACUUAAAGGGUCACUCUAGUCACCAGAACCACUACCGCUUAAUGUAGUGGGUUUGGUGUCUAAAGAUUGUCCCUGCAGGCAUUUCACUGUAAAAGAGUUAUUUUAACCCUAUAGUGUCAGGAAUACAUGUUUACAUUCCUAUAAAUUUACACAUAAAGAAGACACACAGACAUUCUCACUGAGAGAGAGGCACGCACAUUCUCUCACACAUUUACACAUUAUUUGUUUUAUUUUAAUUUAUGUCCACCCAGCUUCCUACCUUAGGGAGAGCUGGAGUGGAUCCUUUCCCUUGGGUCCAGUGGAGCUGCUGUGAUCCUGUAGCCUUCUUUUUCUGCUCCCUCGCAGAGCAGGAAGAGCAUCAAGAUUGCUGCUUCCCUUCCAUUCAGCCCCAUCGUGGUUCCUGAAAUUUGUUGAGCCCUCCUCCAACCAUCAUAACCACUACAGCCUGCCAUUUUUGGUUAGGUUUUUGCCAUAUGAAGUUUAAUUUGCUACAAUUCAGAGUUCAGUCAAUAACCAUUUUAGCGUUUUGCCAGGCCCAAAAAGAAGCCAUAGUGGGUAAUGGUGAUCAUAACCAAAGAGGUCUGGCUAACAAGAAGUACAGACUACGUUUAAAUUGCUUUGCUUGUUGCAGUGACAUUUUAAACUUAGUUGCUGUACAUUUAUUUUCUUGUUUGUUUUACAUCUACAAAUCUAAUAUUGGUUUCUUGUUUCUCCUAGACCUAUAACCAGACACCACCACCCAGCUUUUCCUUCAGAGAAAGGGCUUUCCACAAGUGCAUCAUCUACCUGUGGGUGCUAUGCAGGUAAAAACUAUUUCUUGUAAGCAUUACAGUAAUUACUAAACCUGUGUAACAUUUUGUAAUACAUAGGAAAAGAUUAUAUUAAAGCUUCUGAUUGCACACAUGCAUUCCCAAUGAACCGUAUAUACUUCUGGAAAUGUUUAAUAAAGCAGUUUUACUGUAUAGAUCUGCUUAAUUCGCUGCCAUUUAGGAGUUAAAUCUCUUUUUGUUUUUGUUUAUGCAGUCCUAGCUAAACCUCCUCUGGCUGUUACUGACACAGCCUGCAUGAAAAAAAUGGUUUAAUUUUUAAUUCCACAUGAACAUGCUUUAGACAUCUUUAUCUCCUGCUCUGUAAAUUGAACUUUAAUAAUACACAUAAGGUUCCUGCAGGGUCUAGAAGGCUAUUAAAAGAGCAGGAGAUAUACAAUUCUAAAUUAAACAGGCUUUGCAAUAAAAGAAGUUUAAAAAUUAGGUCUCUCUUUUCCUAACCUUAAAGUGUUCCUUUAACUCCCAAAUGGCAGAAAAUGAGCAGUGAACCUGCAGGGGCAUGAUCUACAUACCAAAAAGUUGUUUUGGUGCAUAUAAUGCCCAUUCAAUCUAGACUUGCAGCCCACCUUCAAUAAUUUAGCUAAGUGGACAUGUUUUUGUUUUCCUAACAUCCUUAUUAAUACAGCAGUUUUGUUAAAAAAAAUACAUUUGUUCUAGAACUUCAGUAACUCUGUGGGAUGUUAAAGUGACAUUACACACACUAAUCCUGGAUUGCAACAAAAAUAUAAAAUAAUUUUUGCUGUGAACCCAUCAUUAUUCCUCCUUGGCAACGAUUUGCCCAAAAUAAAUAUCAACAAAUCUCUUGGUGUGUGUUCCUCCCAAGCUAAGGGUUUUAUACUUUAAAUGUUUGAAAAAAGUACUAAUUGAAGGUGUGCCUUCAGUAACAGAAACUGAUGACUAAUAAAUCCUUCGUUCUGAAAGGCUGAGUGAUGAUUUAUGGGCGAGCACACCUUCCUAAUUGUUACUCUAUGCAGAUUAACCAAAAUGGCCUUAGAAAAAUCAAAGUUAAGUUUUUAUGGUGCCAGGAGGACCCUUGCACUUACUUGAACAAUAUAAUCCCAAGGUCUGCUCUGCUGCGCCAUUUCUCUUUGUCCUCAUCUGCUUUCAGAAAUGCUUCUAAUGCUUUUGCCUGGCAUGGGCACCGCUAAUUGGCUUAGCGUGGUGAGCGGAUGAUCUAAGCCAAUCAGUAUUCAUUAAAAACACUUUGAAAAACGUAUGUACAUGUUUUAAAGGAAAUGUGGACUUGAAAAGAGCAGACCAUUUUGAACGGUUUAACCCCUAAGGACAAGGAAACAUCAGGAACCUCCUGGCAACAUAACUUCAUUUUGAUAAACUUUGUUAUAGUUCCUUUUCCCUUAAGACAUUAGAGAGAGAAUUUUACCCAAUGUAACUUUUUUUUUAUCCCCGUUAUGACUGUGUGUCUUCAGCUCUGUAGCACUGGCGCUUGGUGCCCUUACAUUGUGGCACGCCAUGUUGAUUACCCGUGGGGAGACCAGCAUAGAAAGACAUAUCAACAAGAAAGAACGAAAGAGACUGCAUGCAAAAGGAAAGGUACUGACAUAUAAUCCAAUGUAUAUUAGUGAAUGGUCAGUCAUUCCCCCAUAGUGCAUAAAGUGUAGACAAUGGCGACACUGGUCGACAAAGUGGAUUUCAAAUUUUACGCAACAAUAGCCAAACGGUAAAAAACAUAGCUCGAGAUAUUCUUCAAUUUUAAUGUAUUUGCCUGAAAUUAUGACAUUCGUUUUGAAUUCCCAGCAAUUCACACUUUGAAAAAAUGUUCUUUUCCUUUAUCUGAUUACUCAUUAAAGUGGUUAUUGUGAUCUAAAAUUAGAAAAUCAAAUUGCAAAAACUUUCCCCAAAAAAUGUUGUCCUUAAAUGUCAAAUUCAUAUUGAAUGCGCGCUAAUUACAGUUUAGUGAAUAAAUCCAGAACCAUGUUCUUUAGUAAAAUUGCCGUUUCACAUGAUCCCCUAAAAGAGAGUGUCUGUUUACCACAUACUGGCGUGAAAGAGAGGACAGCCAGGAUAUAUUGCAAGGUAUUUUUAAAAAUGUUUAGAUCGCCUUAUAGUUGCCCAGAGCUACAGUAGAGGUAGAGGUAAAAGUUUCAUAUUUUAAAUUCUUUAUUUUUCUUGUGCAUAAGAAAACAUAACAGAUGGGCCUGUAGCGCACGUUGUUUAUAUUUAUGAAAGUAAACAGGCUAGGAAUACUUGAGCAGGACUAUAAUAGCGUAAUUAGUCUACGCAUGCAAGCUUGUAUAUUAGUAAUGGGAUUAGUUAAGUUUAACCGUAGUUUUGCUUAUACAAAAUGUCAUGUGUACAAUAGUAAUUACAGGUUGAAUAGUUAACCAUAAAAUAUGCGUGGUAUAGGUACAGGUGCAUGAGGCCUAACGUUGCUGAGAUUGCUGAGUAACUAGCUGAGAAGCCUGGCUGUCUCAUCGGGUUGUGCCUAUGCGACUAUUCAAUAGUUGCCCUCUAAAUAUACUUAGUUAAAGAUUUACGCCUAAUAUGAUUAGUCGUGGUAUUUGAGCAGGUCUCUUAUGACAAUAGGUGCAAGAUUAUGCGUGAACAUGCUAUGUGUCAUAUGUUAGGCAGUGGUUUAAUGUACAGGUAGACCUGGAGCACAGAGGUAGCACAAAAUAAUUAAAGCAUAAACAAAUCAGAAAUAAACCAUGGACAGAAACAUUCGGAUGCCUUUGAUUGCAUUCACGUGGGGAAGUACAGUGAGGCUGGCAUUAGUGAGUGCGAGUCCCAUCCGUGACGGUUGCCGCUUGUGAUCAGGACUCCAAUGAUGGUGCGGCUGCAAGAAGCUUGUCAGCGCUUAGCCAAUGCCCGAAGUGGGAAAUCAAAAGUCUUGCACUUCGGGGGCUAGGGAGGCUGCAGCAUUCAGGCGGUUCAGUUGAGCAUCCCUCCCGCCCCAGGCCGGUUGGUAGGCCAGCAUCCUCUUGCCACGGACGUGUGGGCUCCUAGGGUCCCAGUCCUCCCCUGCAUGGGGUAGAUGGGAGGUCGUGGUGGUACUCCGCUGCCGGUUGCGGGCGAUCCUCCGUCUGCAUGGGUGAUGCCGUGGGGCUGUGCCCGUUUCGGCCCUCGGCCUACGUGAUCUCUGACUAAUAGGCUUGUGUAUAUUUAAUGUGUGGGGGAUCAAAGGGGGCCAACUCACCGCCCUACCGUGAACCUCCCUGUGUUGAAUUGCUGCUGCGGCUUGACGGGCUUCCAGCUUAGCCCAGAAACGGUCGAAAAUGUAAUCUAGCUUCUUCUGCGUUAUUUGCGCGGGAGUUAGCAGUGCCGUCUCAGACUGCGUGAUGGCUGGUUCCCGCUGGAUAUUACAGGCCGCUAUUUUGUGAGCUUUGCUAGGUUGUAGUUUAGUGGGGCUGAUUCGUGCAUGAGACUAGCCAGGUCGGACCGGGAUGACCCCCGCCGGUUCAAAGGGGGGGGGGGAAACAGGGCUGAGAGAAGAGCUUGGGGUUGCACAGCUGCACACCGAGCGGGGGAUGGGCCGCUUCCCCCGUCCGACGGCUGCACUGGGCCUCACUCCUCCGACCUCCGUCGGCCGUGUAGUGUACCCGCGGGCGACAGACCCGGGGUUCCUCUGCUGGCUCCAGAGGUAGGUAAGUCUCUUUUCGUGGCGUUAUGGCUGGCUGGCUAGAUUCAGGCUUAGUUGAGGCAUUGAGCUCGGAGCUCACACGAAGUGCGUCCAGCCGCCAUGAUGUCCAGGCCCAGCGUAGAGGUAAAAGUUAUACUUUCUUGUCUCAGUCUAUCUUCUUUCCUCACCUCCUGGAGCCCACUUCACUGCUGUAGUUUUGCAAAUAAAGACAGAUGUCUGUAGAGUAUCUUGCAAGAGGAGCCUCCAUAGAUAUCAUAUCACCAUAAGAAAAACAAUACCAGAUUCUCACAGAUGUUGCCAGAGACCGCUGUUGGAGUUCAGAUAAUUUGAUGGUGGAAGCUCUGAGUUUUGUGAAAUUUGGAUUUUACCAUAAGACAAAGUACUCCCUACUUUGUCUUUAAUCUUCAUGAAAUGAUCGUUAUUUUUUGGUGUCCGAGCAACUUGAACACUUUAGUUUAGCCCACAUAACAACUUGGUAUCAAUAAAGUAGUGAUGUGGCAGGAGUCUAAGUGCGCUUCACCUCACCGGGUAAAACCUCUUGUUUUGUCUUAAGCUCCUGUUACUGUGGAAGGACCCCCAGGUGCAGGGGACAACUUCAGAGUUUCACCAAUAAUAAUAAAAAAGGAACUCCAACCUCCACAAUAACUUCAUUAACAUGCAACUGUUGGAGUGGCCAUUUUCUGUGGUGCACAAUUUGGCUUAGUAAAGGAGAACUCAAAUCAAAUAUCACUGGCCUGGUUUGCACUGAUUACUACACACCAAGUAUAAAUACAUUAUGGAAACAUUACUAGACUGGUUACCAAAAGCUCAAUUAACUGUUAGCUAAUCUGUAAGAUUUCCAAACAUUUGAAUGAAGAAUAGAACGUUCUAUAUAAAUAUUCUUAAAUUUGAAGAAGGAAAAAAAAGGCUCUUGUCUGUUGCUGCUCGGUGUUUAUUAUAAAAUUUGGUUGUAUGUGCUGGGAGAGAAAAAAACUAACCACUUUUGUUUAUUCAUUGUGUUAGGUAUUCAAUAAUCCAUACAGUUAUGGUCGAUGUCAGAACUGGAGAAUAUUCUUUGGUGUAGAAAUUGAACAGUAAGUUAUCGUGGAUGAGUAUUUUGUAGAAUUGGAUGUUUUUGGAGGUCCAUGUAACUUGUUUUAAUAUUGUAAUAGUUCAUUGGGCAAAAUUCAUUUUAUUUAUUUUUAUUUUUUGAAAAGGCACAAUUACUAGUUAAAGUAAAUCUUUUCUGAUUUCAUUUUGCUCCAGAAACCUGGCAUCAUUGUCCUGUACCCUUUAACUAGUGUACCUGCAGAGCUGCUUAUGAGUGCAGUCAUUUACACUCUGACAUCAAGAGGAAUUUUUACUUGCUCUUUUUCUGCUUCUAAAAUCUGUCCAACUCAGGCAAACAGCAGCAAAAUAGCUCUUAGCUCCCGGUGCUGAUUUCAGCUUAUUGCAGGUCCCCUCAAUCUGUGUGAAGAGUGGAAUUGCUGCUAUGGGUGAGCUAUAAACUAUGUAUCCCAUUAUUCUUCCUGGACUAAGAAACCAUAUCAGAAUGUAAGGCUCAUGGCUACAGCUCCUUUCUAGUAGAGGGGUCUUCCUGCCUGAGCUAGUACUACAGUUAUGGGAGAGAGAUAUAUAUAUAUAUAUAUAUAUCUCAUUUUUUUUUUUAAACAUGUAUUUUAAGUGUCACUGUCUGGGGACUUUGCGGAAUUCAGACACGUGCCGGUAAUUUAACUCUGGGAAUCCAGUUUGGGGGAGGUAGGUUAAGGUGAGGUUUCCUUAUCUGAGCCAGUCCCUUACGGCUGCGGCCAUCUUGUUCUGGGGGUUCUUCUCCAGUUUGUCACUUUAGCGCCAGGAACCAAUGUCACUGCUGUACUCUUGUACUUCCUACUUUUUCUCUGUACAUCUCUUGGCUGGGUUGGAAUGUAAGUGAAAUCCCAGGACAGUCAAAAUAAGUAUUUCAGAAAGACUCUCUCUUUAUGAAAUACUCAUUUUUCAUGGGGGUUAUAGUUCUGCUUUAACGCAUUAUCCAUAUAAUUCAUUAACAAAAGGGGUCAAUUAUUGUUGUGUCCCAGCAAAAGGUAGAAGGAUUAAAUUAGCAUGAGUGCACUGACAUCCUCACAGCUCAAGAUUGGGAUGGAAGGAAGUGACCUGCACAAUGAUCUCUACCAAAUCUUGUGAAAACAGUCUCCCCUCUUAAACAUUGUUUCUCAUCCAACAGCCACGGGGAUGGCUGCAUUACCUUAAACUUCCAUUUUGUAAUCCUAAUCCACUAGACAUAGGGGAACCUUGGCAGACCCCACACUUUUUUUUUUUUUUUUUUUUUAAAAAAGCACUCAUUCUCCCUUCCCCGCCCCAUGACAGACUAGGCCGCAGGGAUAGGCAACCUUUGGCACUCCAGAUGUUUUGGACUACAUUUCCCAUAAUGCUGGCAAAGCAUCAUGGGUGGUGUAGUCCAAAACAUCUGGAGUGCCAAAGAUUGCCUAUGCCUGGACUAGGGGCUGGGAAUAGGAAAGUGUGAUGGCAUCCCAGGCGCUUGCAAUAUCCACCAUCUCGCAUAUUACCAGGAGGGAGCCUGGAGCCAUAAAUACACUACUAAGCAUGGUGAACCAAGUGGAUCCACGUACGUGUUUGUAGCUAAAGGUCAUUCAUCCAGUGGUACUUUCAGCAACUGCUUCAAAAUUCAGAUAAAUCUGGAAUUCUCUAAAUCCAAAUGCCAGGGCUGUUACUGUUGUGCUAUGUAUUUUAUUCUUUAGAGACUUUUAAAAUGAGGUGGCAUGUGUAAGGUGUCUGUCGUCUUCUGGGCUCUUUGCAUAUUUUGCAACGAUACCCAAAGGUGACUUUGUCUAUGGAGGGUCUCACAGGAUCUGCCCUAAACAAAGUAUUUUCCUCACAGCUGGCACUAGUGACAGCAGUAGGUUCUGCCUUUUAAUGAACUUUAGAGAAAUGAAAAAUAGAACUAGACAGAUUAGUAUAUUAUCAAAUUCUACUAUAAUUAUAGCUGGUGCAUUUUAGCCUCAUUUUGUUUUGCUCAGUCUAUGGUAAAGUGGAUCCCUUUUAGAGACCAGCCAUUCCCACCUCAUACUGAAAUAUUCUGUUAUUUAUACCUUUUGGUACAUUACACAAUAACAAGUACCAGAAAUUCUGAAAUGUUCUUUUUUGUUUCCUCUUCAGGCAUUGGAUUAGUAGAGUUCUGUUACCAUCCUCCCACCCCCCAGAUGGAAAUGGUGUGACCUGGAAUGCACCAUCCUGGACUCAAAAUAAGCCGAAAUCUGUCCUUGCAAUAUGA